CUGCUGUCAGGAAGCGUCAGGUCAGAAAAAAGUCGUGUAAAGUGCUUGCCAAGAAAUGGCGUUGUGGUGAUGUGCAAAAUUUCAGUUCUGGCACGAGGCUCAGGUUUUUACUGUUGAAAGUGGUACAAUUCGUGUGAUUUGCAUCUAAUUCGAUACGCAAACGAAUGAAAGUAUCCAACCUGACAUUGCUUUCGUCUUCCAGCGCUACUGGUUCCGUUAGCAAAAAGGAACAGCGUCUGGAACGCAAAAAGCGGAAAAUCCUCGCCCUGGCCGAGGUAAUGCACUUGAAUGAGCGAGACAGGGCUAGUCGUGCUAGUGCUGCUGCUACUGCUGCCCCGCUCUCUCCAAUCGAUGUAGUCAGUUCAGUUUCCGAGCUAGCACAGGAAGGUUCUCAAGAGCAAGAACCGGAUCAGAAAAAGCCAAAGUUGGAAGACGUAGAUUACCGAACUCUGAAAGCGGCAGUGAAUCAGAAACGCGACAGAAUGCGGAACAUUCCGAAACUUCGUCUUAAGGAGGUGGGCGAGGAAGCAUUGAUGAAGACCAAGCCGGAAGAGCGAGUUCCGCUACUGCUGGAUGACAUUCAAGCACUGUUAAUGUACACCCUGUUGCGGACCGAUUCCCCCACAAAUCCGAGUCGCUGGGCGGCCCUCGAGAAAUCGGCCAAACUAACGCACACCACCGUGCUGCUGAUCGAGGGACUCACUUCGGACGAUUUCACCGAAUAUGAAGCCGAUUUCAAAGAGUGCAAGCAAAUUUUCCACCACAUCCUGCAGGUAGUGACCCCGAGCGACCGGCUCGUAGACGAGCUGGCAUGCAUCCCGCUAAGCGAUUCGCACAAAGACAUCCUGCUGGCCGAGUACGGUUCCCUGGAGGCCGCUAUGCUAGCCUGCAAAGACAAUCUCCUGAUUAGGAAAAGCAUUUUCAACAACAUCGGUCUGGAGCUACCGGAUGGCACCAAUGGGGAGAACGAGUACGACGAAGCGGAUCUUCCGCCGGGGGACAAAUUCCCGCGAACACAGCUGCUGCUGUCUCCAAUCCAGAUGAUCAACGAAGAUUAUCCGUUGCCGCUGACGGGAAGUCUCAAACAUCGAUACUCCGGAUAUGUGACCACUAACGAUCACUACGCACCGGUUUCACCCAAAUCGCCCAUGUUCGGUCUGGAUUGCGAAAUGUGUAAGACCAGCAUUGGCGCCUCGGAACUGACCCGAGUGUCCAUCAUCGACGAAGAGGGCAACGAGUUUUACGAAACUUUAGUACGGCCGGAGAACAAAAUUGUCGAUUAUUUGACGCAAUUUUCCGGCAUCACCGCGGAGAUGAUGAGGAACGUGUCGAAAACGUUGAAAGACGUCCAGCAAGAUCUGCGGAACAAGCUUCCGCCGGAUGCGAUACUGGUAGGUCAGUCCUUGAACUUCGAUUUGAACGCCCUCAAGAUGAUGCACCCGUAUGUGAUAGAUACCAGUAUACUGUUCAACGUGACCGGAACUCCCGGCACGAAAAGUAAACUGAAAAUACUGUCUCAAAAGUUUCUGAAACGGGACAUCCAAUGUUCCUCCGGGGGUCACAAUUCGAUCGAGGAUUGUACGGCAUCGUUGGAGUUGGUGAAACUCAAGUUGUCCAAAAAUAUCUAUUUUGGUGAUCAGUGGCUUCAGGAUCGGCGAAAUUAUCACAAAAGGGUCAGCAGCAAGGUUGGAAUCGCCACGCCCGAGGAGAUUCAACGACUAGGGGAGAAUUGCACUACGACCGAAAUAACGGCCACCUUGUUCGGACACGCCCGCAAAAAGAAUAAAAAGUCGGAAAUCGUCACCAACGCGAACAAUUUGGACAACUUUGCCAAAUAUUUCGGGGAAGCCAUCCAGUCGAACGCCACGGCCAAGAAUCUGCUCAGCUUCCAGAAGAAGGACGACGACGUAAUGGCCGUUGAGCACACGAUGACCAAGUGUCUUAACUACGACUUCAAUCUUUGUUGUGUGCAACUGCAGCCGGAGGAAGUGGCCACCGUGGAAGCGAAGCGGGACAAAAUCCAACAGGUUGAUGGCUGGAUCCGGAAACUGUUCGGUUCGAUUUCGGUGAACGGACUGCUGGUGGUGCUUCUGGCCGGCGGCGAAGUGAACGAACGCAGCCGAAUGGGGGUAGCCAUGAUCCAAACUAGGAAGGGUUAGGGAGAAAGGAGGGACGUGUUCGUUACUACAUAUAUCUGUGUUGAAUUCUUUAAGUUUAAUUCGUUAAACCGAAAUAAAUCAGAGCAAUGUUCUAUCCUGAUGUUACAAUUGAAA